GGCCGGGCGGCGCAGCCCCCUGCAGAGGGGCCGUACCGUCCCGAGCCGCUCCGUCCCGAGCCGUCCCGAGCCUCUCCGCUCCGCUCCGUCCCGAGCCGUCCCGAGCCGAGCCGGGAGCCGCGGGCCCGCCGGUGGCGGUGGCGGCGCGGUGCGGAGCGGGGCGCAGCAUGAGGCCGCGGCCCCCCCCGCACCAUGGAGGGCUUCGCCGCCCGCACCUACGGCACCGGCGGGCCGGACAGCCGGCCGCUCUUCGGGGAGACCUCGGCCAGGGACAGAAUCAUCAAUCUAGUUGUCGGCGGCUUGACGUCCUUGCUGCUCGUAGUCACUCUCAUCAGUGCUUUUGUCUUCCCGCAACUACCUCCAAAACCCGUGAACGUAUUUUUCGCUUUCUGCAUCUCCCUGUGUUGCAUUUCUGUCGGCAUACUUAUCUACUGGUAUCGACAAGGAGACCUGGAACCUAAAUUCAGGAACCUGAUUUACUAUAUAUUAUUUUCUAUCGUCAUGCUAUGUAUAUGUGCCAACCUGUACUUCCAUGAAGUGGGUAAAUGACGGACAUGGGGAAUGCCCAGCACUGACACUACUGGACCGGACUGCUUUCAGCUCAGCUCUCAGCUCUACCUGAGCCAUUGAAGUGAAGACAAUCAGCCUGAGAGGAAAGAAGUGGGUUGUGCAAGGCUCAAUCAGUACAUGAUUUUCAUGUAAAUGUAUAUGUAAUGUCCCUCUUGUCGGGGAGAAUUAUUGCCAUAAGAUGUGACAUUCUGCUUUUUUCUGAAGAGCUACUGUUGCACUUAAUGAACAUUCCAGUUGUACUGACGUUUCAGAAUGGCACAAGCUUUUUCAUUUUGGAAAAAAAACCUGCAUUUUUUAUUACUGUACAAAUAAACUGCAGCAUUGCAAGGGUCUGUAGCAGUAUAAAUAAAUAGCAUCUUACAGUUACAUAA